AAUCACGUGACCUUAAAAACAUGGCCGUUUUUGUGGACUCAUUCUAUAAAGUUUAAAGUCUCCUUUACCUGAGGACAGCUACAAGAGAGAGAGUCAUGAGCGGGAAAAAGGACGGGAAGAUGAGGAUACGAGCCUUCCCUGUACAAAUGGACCCCAGCUAUGUGGAAGACAUUUUGAAACUUUUGAGGAACGCCAUUAGGGAAAUACAAAAGAAAAAUAAUAGCGGACUAUCGUUUGAAGAAUUGUACAGGAAUGCGUACACACUGGUUCUUCAUAAGCAAGGUGCUAGACUCUAUACAAUGUUAAGAGAAGUCAUUAACUCUCACCUCAUCAAUGAAGUACGUGUUGAUGUUGAGGAUUCUUUAGAGGGUCUGUUCCUAGAGACCAUGAACAGGGUGUGGUCUGAGCACCAAACAGCAAUGGUCAUGAUAAGGGACAUAUUAAUGUACAUGGAUCGUGUUUAUGUUCAAGGAAAUGAAAAACUCAACGUUUAUGAUUUAGGACUGGUACUAUACAAGGAUGAGGUGUUGCAUCAUCAUUCAAUUAGAGAACAUAUGAAGAAUCUAUUAUUAGAACUAGUGGAUAAAGAGAGGAAAGGAGAGAUUGUUGAUAGAGGUGCCAUACAGAGUACUUGUAAGAUGUUAAUGUGCCUGAGUCUGAGCAGUUCUAAAAGAGACGUCUAUGAGGAAGACUUUGAGAGACCAUUUCUACAAAUGUCAAGAGAGUUUUAUAAAGCUGAGAGUCAGAAGCUCCUAGCAGAGAACAGUGCUCCAGUGUACCUAAGGAAGGUUGAGGCUCGACUAGUGGAGGAACUGGAGAGAACUCAUCAUUACCUUGACCCCAGCACUGAAUCAAGAAUAACUAAAGUAGUAGAGGAUGAGCUGAUUAAGGAACACAUGAGCACUAUAGUGGAUAUGGAGAACUCUGGAGUGAUACACAUGCUCAAGAAUAUAAGAGUGGAAGAUCUAGGGUGUGUAUAUAAACUAUUCAGUCGGGUGGAGCAAGGUCUUCAAUCAGUCAUCGACAGAAUGAGCAUGUUUCUACGGGAAACUGGGCGGGGCCUUGUCUCGGUGGAAACCAGCUCCGACUCCACCCCCGGGAAGAACGCUACAGUGUAUAUUCAGAGUCUACUGGACCUGAGGGACCAGUAUAAUGUGUACUUAGAGAAAUCCUUCAAUAAUGAUCCUACCUUCCGCCAGGCUAUUGGAGUAGAUUUUGAGUAUUUUAUUAAUUUAAAUGACAAGUCUCCUGAAUAUCUAUCAUUGUUUAUUGAUGAACUGCUGAAGAGAGGAGUCAAAGGAUAUUCUGAAGUUGAAGUGGAAGGUAUACUGGACAAGUGUAUCAUGUUAUUUAGAUAUUUACAAGACAAAGAUGUGUUUGAGAGAUAUUACAAACAGCACUUAGCCAAAAGGUUACUGUUUAACAAGACAAUAUCGGACGACUUUGAAAAGAGCAUGAUCUCUAAACUAAAGCACGAGUGUGGUGGACACUUUACCAGUAAGCUGGAGGGAAUGUUCAAGGACAUUAGUCUAUCUACUUCUACUAUGGACAAGUUUAGGGACUUCCUUCAGACCAGUUCUAAUGGUUUGGGAGGUGUUGAUCUUCAUGUCCGUGUCCUCACUACUGGUUUCUGGCCCACAGCCACUACCAAUUCUCCUUGCAUUCUUCCUCAGAUAGUCGCUGAUGCUUUUGCCGUGUUUCAAAAAUUCUACCUCUCACAGUACAGUGGAAGACAGCUAACACUACAACCUCAUCUGGGUUUUGCUGAUCUCCAUGCUGUGUUUUACCCUCACAAUAAGAAUGAGGCUAGUUCAGGUCAUGCUGUAGUGAAGAAGCACAUCCUACAAGUAUCAACCUACCAAAUGACACUUUUAUUAUUAUUCAACAAGAAACCUGUAUUCACUUUUCAAGAGUUGGUGUUGGAGACUAACAUACCUCAUAAGGAAUUAGUGAGAGGGUUACAAUCACUGUCUGUUGGUAGAGCAUCACAGAAAGUACUUCACUGGUUAAAUAAAGAACCUAACAGUUCCAGCAAAGACUUCAGUGAUGGUGAUCAGUUUGCAGUCAAUGAUCAGUUCACUAGUAAGUUGGUACGUGUUAAGAUACAGGCCAUCAGUGCUAAGGGGGAGACUGAACCAGAGAGAAAGGAAACAAGACAGAAAGUUGAUGAUGAUAGAAAACAUGAGAUUGAAGCUGCUAUAGUUCGUAUAAUGAAGGCUCGUAAGAGACUCCCUCACAACAGUUUAGUGGCCGAGUGUGUGGAACAACUUAAGAACCGGUUCCCUCCUAACGCUAUGAUCAUUAAGAGAAGAAUUGAAAGUUUAAUUGAAAGAGAUUAUCUAUCAAGAUCACCUGAUGACAGGAAAGUUUAUAUAUAUAUGCCAUAGGAUCAAAUUCACUCUCUCU